AUGGAGGAUAGGCGAGUCAAGCUUCCCGCCACUCGCACGCGCAAGAUCCCAUCGGAAGAAUAUCACGUCCAAAAAAUAGUCGGCCAUAAAUGGCUGCGAAAGGGCACCCUACUGAAGCUCAAGGUCAGGUGGGUAGGCUACGGCUGGGAACACGAUACCUGGCAGACCGAGCAGGAUUUGCGCAAUGCGCCGGAACGUGUCGCCGAGUACAAGCUGGAACACGGGCUGUGA